AUGGCGGUGGGUUGCUUCAACCCCGUGCUCUCGCCGCUCGUUCCUUCGCCGCCGGGUAGGUGCGUCCGAGCGGCGCUGCGGUCUCACCCGCCGACCGCGGUCUCCCUCCGGCUGCUCCCGUGCGGCGCGGCAGCUGGUCGUGGCACGUGGCGGCUCGCGGCGGCGGUAGAGUCGCAGACCGUGCAGGAGCAGCCGGCGCGGACGGAAGAGUCCGGUGAGGCCGGCGGGGCAGGUGCCCCCGAGGCGUCCUCCAAGCUGGUUCUUGUCGUUGGCGGAACCGGCGGCGUUGGUGAGAUACCAAUAUCCCUGCUCUCCGUUCUAGCAUUAUUUAGCAUUUUCCCUAUUAGAAGGCAGUUGGUUGUAGCAUCGUUGCUGAGCAGGAACAUCAAGUCAAGGUUGCUCCUAAGAGAUCCAGAAAAGGCAUUGUCCCUAUUUGGCAAGCAGAAUGAGAGUGUACUGCAGGUUUACAAAGCGGACACAAGAAACCCUAAUGAUUUGGAUCCACAAAUGUUUGAGGGAGUUACGCAUGUGAUAUGUUGUACUGGAACUACAGCAUUUCCGUCUAAACGCUGGGAUGGAGAUAACACUCCAGAACGUGUAGAUUGGGAUGGCAUCAGAAAUCUUGUAAGUGCCUUGCCACAGACAAUCAAGAGACUGGUUCUUGUGUCAUCUGUUGGUGUUACAAAAUACAAUGAGAUACCAUGGAGCAUCAUGAAUCUCUUUGGUGUGCUCAAGUACAAGAAGAUGGGAGAAGACUUUGUCCGCAAUUCAGGGAUACCAUUCACCAUUAUCAGGCCUGGAAGAUUGACAGAUGGGCCCCACACUUCGUAUGAUCUUAAUACACUUCUUAAAGCUACAGCUGGAGAGCGAUGA